ACAGGUGAGAAGCCUUUUGAAUGUCUGUCCUGUGGAAAAAGCUUCACUAGGAAAUCUAGUCUUGAUACACACAUGAGAAUUCACACUGGUGAGAAGCCUUUUGAAUGUCUGUCCUGUGGAAAAAGCUUCACUCAGAAAUCUGAUCUUGAUACACACAUGAGAAUUCACACUGGUGAGAAGCCUUUUGAAUGUCUGUCCUGUGGAAAAAGCUUCAUUAAGAAAUCUAGUCUUGAUACACACAUGAGAAUUCACACAGGUGAGAAGCCUUUUGAAUGUCUGUCCUGUGGAAAAAGCUUCACUAAGAAAUCUCAUCUUGAUACACACAUGAGAAUUCACACAGGUGAGAAGCCUUUUGAAUGUCUGUCCUGUGGAAAAAGCUUCACUAAGAAAUCUCAUCUUGAUACACACAUCAGAAUUCACACAGGUGAGAAGCCUUUUGAAUGUCUGUCCUGUGGCAAAAGUUUCACUGACAAAUCUUCUCUUGAUAGACACAUCAGAAGUCACACUGGUGAGAAGCCUUUUUCCUGUACCAUUUGUAACAAUAAAUUUACUCAAAAGAGUAGUUUGAAUUCUCACAUGAGAACUCAUACAGGUGAGAAGCCUUUUGAAUGUCUGUCCUGUGGCAAAAGUUUCACUGACAAAUCUUCUCUUGAUAGACACAUCAGAAUUCACACUGGUGAGAAGCCUUUUUACUGUACCAUUUGUAACAAUAAAUUUACUCAAAAGAGUAAUUUGACUACUCACACGAGAAUUCACAGGUGUGAAGCCUUUUAAAUGUUUGUCCUGUGGAAAAAGCUUUACUAAAAGCUUUACUAGAAACUAGAACAGAUAAGUUGUUAUAUAGUAAAUUUGGUAAAUACUCAGGUCCUGGGUGAAUAUUUGGAAUUAAUGGAGUAAAUUAGAAUUAAAUGGCCAAAAAAUGUUUAAAUUUAUGAUUUCUUAUUUUUUCUGUAAUUUAUUAAGAAAAAAACUCAAACUUUAAGUUGAAUGAUAAGCUAUCGGCUGGAUAUAUUCCAGAAACAGACUUUUAUUCAGAUGAAAAUAUCCUCAAAUGAAAAUAAAAGCAAAGGUAGGACAGAUUUAAUGAGCUUUGCUCAGUGUUGCUGAUGUUUUUGGAGGAUUUUCUAAGAGAUCAGCUGCAAACGAUCAGAGUUUAGCUAAUUUAGUGUCUUCUUGGUUUUUAUUAGCAAUGCAUCAAUCAGCCCUGCUACGUGUGUUGUUGAAACCAGGCCCACCAACACUCCAACUGUUUUUGGCACAGUGUUAGAGCUAUGGUCAACGGAUAUUAGAGUGAAGUAGAUCAUCUAUAGAGGAGUCUCACAUGAAGAUUUGGGACAUAUAUAAGUGUGAGUC